UAUCGCGAUGUGGUCGAUACAUCGAAAAGAUCGAAAUCGAAAAGUUCGAUUUAAAUAUACGCAGGCAACAGGCAACGUACAGGAUGAGGAUGAAGCAGGUGGAAUAAUCAAAGAAUCCAAGGAAUAAUAUUCGUGUCGUAUUUUUUUGUGGUUAUACAUUAUAACGAUGAUGUUUUAUUCCAUUCUAUCAUGUUUUCUUUCAGUGUAAAAGCAGAAGCAAUGAUAAAUAUAGGUUAUUUGGACAAUCGGACAGUUGAUUGAAGAAUAGUGAACAAAACAUGGCAUUGAAUACGCCAAGAGCAAAGAGUAAAAUACCGUGUAUACCUGGAACGAAACCAUCUAUACAAAAUGCACAGCUUCUUAUUUCAACAGGAAUUCCUUCCUUGGAUUUUAUGAUAGGAGGUGGCCUACCCAUUGGAUCCAUUAUGUUAAUAGAAGAAGACGCAUAUGGAAAUUAUGCGAGGGUCAUGCUCAAGUAUUUUAUGGCCGAAGGAGUAGUUUCCUCUCAUCCUCUGUUCGUUGCGUCUCGAGAUUCCAGGCCAGCACAGCUGAUAUCAGAAAUGCCAGCUCCGGUGAGCGCAACAUUAGCGACGUCAGAUUCUAGAGUUAUGGACAGUCAAAUGCAAAUCGCAUGGCGUUAUCAGAACAUGAGAAUCGUAGAAUCGUCACCAACGGGUAGCCAGGCGUUCGGCCACUUCUAUGAUCUGACUAAACAAAUGGACAAAGAAAUCAUUGACGAUGCUGAAAUAACUCAGUGGGAUGGUGAGAAUGGAAAAUGGCAGGCUGAUGGCUUUGAGAACAGUGCAUACGUUGAUUUACUCAAAAAUAUUCAGCAAACGAUGAAAAGUGGAGAUUUUCUCGUAUCGGCCAAUCCUGAAAAAAGAAACAUUUUAAGAAUAGCGUUACAUUCGAUUGGCUCGCGUUUAUGGCUCUCUGAUACUGAAGAAGCAACCCACAAUGAUCUUCUUCGUUUUUUGUACUGCUUCAGAGCAAUAAUGCGAAGUGCUUACGCCGUUGCAACAAUCACCGUUCCUACUCUCAAUUUCGACAACAGCGAUGCGUUGGUUCAACGAUUGGAACAUUUGUCCGAUACCGCGAUAGCGCUCGAAUCUUUCAUGGGCUCGUCGAAAGAAACAAAUCCUGUCUUCAAAGAUUAUCACGGUCUCUUGCACAUAAAAAAACUCGCCGCUAUCAACACACUAGCACCACAUUGUCCCGAAUCCUUCGAUUUGGCUUUCAAAAUGAGACGCAAAAAAUUUUUGAUCAAGAUACUUCAUUUACCGCCAGAAUUCGACGACUCGGCGCAGCGUGAACAGGAUGACAGCGUUCCUUCGGGAAUUGGCUGUAGCAGUGGUACGGGAAGACUUUCAUUAGACUUUUAAGGAAUCUUUAAUACAAGCGUUUUGAAUAAAAGAUAUGGAGAAAAGUA